AUGGCUGGUGCGUCGUUGUAUUCGGUAGCAAUAAAGUUGUGUGCACCGGAUGAUCCACGAGAUAAAACGUAUGCAGAUUUAGUGAAGGUGUUGGAGAAGCAUUUCAAGCCCAACGUGAACGUUGUGUCCGAGCGUUAUCUACUCAGAAAGUGUAAGCAGACAGCGGAACAGUCGAUUGCUGAUUACAUCAUUGAGCUGAAGGCAGCGGCACAGACGUGUGAUUUCGGCAGUUUCUUAUCAGACGCUCUAAGAGAUCAAUUUGUGGCUGGCGUGUACGAUCUGGAGCUUCGCAAACGGCUGCUGAAGAAGGAAGAUUUAAAAUUCGUGCGAGCAUGUGAAAUCGCUCGAUCUUGGGAAGCAGCGCAAGAACAGAACGAGGUAAUGACCGACAGAGAGAGAAACGUGUUGGCGGCCAUGCAGAAAGCAGCAAAGCAGCAACCGGUGAACCAGCAGCGAGGGCAACAGGUGAUGUGUCGGCGGUGCGGCAAAGCUAAGAUGGACAAGAAGAUAAAAUCUGCUAAGCACAAAAAACUCGUCGCAGUGGAAAACAUUAAGGCGCUGGAGCGCUUUAAGCAGAACUUCAAACCCGAAAAUGUAGGUGAAAUCCCGGAGGUUAUGGAGGGUUUGGAGCAACACAGAAAGGACUUUUUUGCCGCGGUGGCAAAGCUGGAAGAGUAUGACGACACCAGUGAUGCGAUUCAAGCCUGUAUUUCUGACAGGAUCGAUAUGGAAGAGCGCUGCCGGCGGCUAAAAUCGUUCCUUAGAGAAAACCAGCGGAAGGAAGCCAAUUCGCUCAACGACUCCUUAUUGGCAAACUCAACCCUAGCGUUUGGACGGCCAAACACAUCAAACAUUCGUUUUCCCAAAAUCGAAUUACCAACGUUCGACGGUGAUUCGACAAAGUGGUUGUCAUUCCGCGAUCGCUUUGUCGCGAUGAUUGACGCAAGUGCCGAGCUGCCGCCAAUUGCAAAACUGCAGUACUUACUUUCGUCCCUGAAAGGUGACGCUGCGGUUCCCUUCGAACAUGUUACGCUGACCACGGAAAACUAUUCUGUUACCUGGGCUGCGCUGCUUAAGCGAUACGACAACUCACGGAUGCUCAUUCGCGAGUACUGGCGACGGUUACAUUUCCUACCUGCGAUUGCAACAGAAAGUGUCGAUGGCUUGACGUCGUUGGUAGAUGACUUUGUGCGAUAUGUGAAUGGGUUGCAGAAGCUACAUGAACCUGUCGGCUCAUGGGACACGCCUUUGUCCAACAUGUUGCUGAUGAAGCUGGACAAUGAGACCAUUCUGGCGUGGGAAAGGCAUUCUGUGCAUAAGAAGAAGGACAAGUACAGCGAGUUGAUCGAAUUCCUGCAAGACCGAAUUCGAAUCCUAAAAUCGAGCCAGAGUAUCUCGUGCGAUCGGAUUGUGGCUCCGAUCAAGGUGGCCGGGGCACAUCGGCCCACCGCACCACGGCGGUCGGUAACCAACGCUGCUUCUGUACAAAGGAAUGCUCCCGUUUCAUCGACCAUUCAACAAGUGAGCUGUCCAUUGCAGUGUGCAGACCAUCACCUGGUUCGAAAUUGCCCGGUAUUUUUAGCCAAAAAUACUCAGGAGCGGCGGGAAAUCGCACGGUCAAAGGGAUUGUGCUGGAAUUGUCUCAGUUGUUCCCAUCAAGUGAGAUCGUGCAAAUCCGAGUAUUCUUGCCUUUCGUGCAAGGAACGGCAUCAUACGCUGCUUCAUCAACCACCACAACAACCUACAGUCGCUUUGUUAGCCCAAUCAGAUGAUGAUAUGGUGUUUCUCGAGACGGCUAUUGUGUUCAUCGUAGACGAUUAUGGAGAGAAGCAUGAGGCACGGGCGCUUUUGGAUUCGGGCUCUAUGUCCAACUUCAUUUCGGAUACGUUAGCUCGGAAGAUCAUGACACCUCGAGCGAGAGUUAAUGUAUCAGUGUCUGGCAUCGGAACUUCAAGGCAGCAGAUAAAGGAUUCGACCACGGCAAUCGUUCGUUCAAGGAACCUUCAAUUCACCAUCCCAUUGGAGUUUCUGAUCCUGGAUACACCCUCGGCGGACAUUCCCACCUCACCAAUCAACGUGUCUACGUGGAACAUCCCGGAUGUAACGCUAGCAGACCCCACGUAUAACAUCCCAGGCAAGGUCGAUGUGGUCAUCGGUGGCGAUACGUUCUGGGAGCUGAAUACCGGACGUAAGCAAUCUCUCGGUUCGGGUCUGCCAUGGUUGGUAGAAACGCAGUUUGGAUGGGCGGUAGCAGGAAACACAACGCAUUCGUCUCAUCAACAUCGGGUGUGUAAUAUGGCAACGAGCGACAGUCCGUUGGAAGCCAUAUUGACGCGGUUCUGGGAGAGCGAGACCAUCUUCGACGAGCCCGCUCUAUCUCUGGAGGAAGACAUGUGUGAACGUCAUUUCAUCUCUACUACAACCAGAGACCCAUCUGGCAGGUAUGUCGUACGUUUACCACAAAAUCCUAAUUCGAAUGUCGUUUUAGGAGAAUCGAAAGCAAUCGCUGAUCGUCGUCUCCUAGCGGUGGAACGGCGGCUUAAGUCUAACCCUGCAAUGAAGGAAGAGUAUAGUAAAUUCAUGUCGGAGUAUGAGCGCUUAGGGCACAUGAAACAACUCACCGAGCCGGUGGACGAUUCGUGUGAACACUACUAUCUCCCUCAUCACGCGGUGCUUAAGGAAUCGAGCACAACCACCAAGGUCAGGGUAGUCUUUGACGCGUCGUGCAAGACAUCUUCUGGCUACUCUUUGAACGACAAACUCCUGGUUGGGCCGGUGAUCCAAGACGAUCUGUUCACCAUCAUCGUUCGUUUCCGGUCUCACGCAGUCGCACUCUCAGCAGAUGUUGAGAAAAUGUAUCGCCAAAUUCUCCACGAUUCUCGCGACACUGAAUACCUGCGCAUUCGGUAUAGAGGAAUCACCGCAGAGCCGAUUCAGACGUUCCAACUACAAACGGUAACAUAUGGCACGUCUUGCGCACCCUUCCUAGCAAAAAGAACGCUAAAGCAGAUCGCUCUCGAUCACAAGAUGCAAUACCCCCGAGCAGUGGAUCCUGUAUUGCACGAUUGUUAUGUGGAUGACCUGCUAACGGGAACAGACGAGUUGGCAGAUGCAAUUGAAAUGCAAAGGCAGAUUUCCGAGAUGCUCAAGCAGGCUGGAUUCGUGUUGAAGAAGUGGGUGUCGAACGUACCCGAAGCACUAAUCGGCAUUCCUUCUGAAGACCUGGCCAUCCUUCCUACUCACGAAUGGCAAGAUCCCCAGUUUGUAUCGACGCUUGGUCUGGUUUGGGAGCCAGCAGUUGAUAUGCUGCGAUAUCGGAUCGAUCUACCAACUGCUGCGACGAUGUUGACAAAGAGGCUAGCUUUGUCCUACAUCGCCAAAAUCUUUGACCCGCUUGGCUUGCUUAGUCCAACAAUUAUCAUCGCUAAGCUCUUUAUGCAACAGCUGUGGAAGUUGCAGGAAAACGGGAAGCCAUGGGAUUGGGAUCGUGAGCUACCAUCACAUCUCCAAAAGGAAUGGACGGCAUUUCAUUCCAAGCUGCAUUCACUUCGGGAAGUGCGCAUUCCGCGUUACACUUCAAUUCGGCAGGCAACAAACGUGCAGCUACACAUUUUCGCGGAUGCUUCUCAGGUGGCAUAUGGUGCUUGCUGUUACGUCAGGGCAGAAAACGAUUCGACAACAUCGGAGCAGCUGUUGGCAGCUAAG